AUGAAAGUUCAACACAUCAACACACACUCAAAUGUCCAUCUUCACGAGAACCACUUCUUCUUGGACGCCAUGCACAUGUUCAUCAUCUUGACCAUAUUGUCGGCCGUUCCGUUCGCCACGAGAGACUUGGGCACGCUUCCGCCAAUGUCGACGUGGUUGAUAUACGUCAUGCGAAACCCAGUGGACGUGCCAUCCGCAGACGUGGUCGGCUCAAAUUCAAACGAGAUGAAGUGGACCUUUCCGCGCAUGACGCCCGCUUUGACGGGAAUGUCGGGUCGGUCGAUCACCCCCUGCACAAACGCAAGCGCCGUGCCGUGCUGGAACGCGAGCAGCACAAAGUCGCGGGAGCUCACAAGCCCAAACCCGUGGGGCUUUUGCGUGUUGUGCACGACGUACGCCGUCGUCGAGUCGUCCAACGCGAUCGUGUCGACGAUUUCGUUGGCAGCCAUGCCCGUGUCCCACUUCUUGCGGACGGCUGGAUCCGCGCUUGAGAGAAACUUGAGCAUGUCUUCGGCGGCGACGUCCGCAAUGAACGCUUCCUACACGGCGGACGUCAAGAAAUAUCGCAUCGUGCCCCGCACCGCUUUGAAAAUCGGCUGA